GCCAGACAAACGCGAAAGACGAGCUACCUCAGUGCCUGACCCACGCAGGUGCAAGUCAUGGCGACAGGCUUCACCAUCUCGGACGAGUCCGAUUGCUGCUGCGAGAUGUCCGCCGCCACAGGCGCUUAUAAGCAACAGAGCCCGCUCGAGGACAGCAUCAACAUCCACCAUGGCGCCCAUUUCAAUCGAGACCGCCCCGGCCGCCGCGCCCAUCGACGAGCUCAAGAACCUCUCGCUCAAGUCUGCGCCCGUCACGACCAAGCCCCAGUGGUUCAGCCAGACCGGCCGCCCCGAAUCCGAGUACCCGUACAAGGCGCUCCUGCCCAUCUGGGACUUUGGGACCAAGUAUCCUGCGCUGACCGAAUUCACGCACGCGGACCCGGGCCUGGAGGCGAAGAAGCACGCGGACCCGCGCGCGUUCCUGUCAGCCGCGACGGUCGACGAGCUCACGCCGCGCUUCGGCUCCGAAGUGCGCGGCGUGCAGCUGACAGAGCUGGACGCCGCCGGGCGGCAGCAGCUGGCGCUGUUCGUGGCGCAGCGCGGCGUAGUCGUCUUCCGCGACCAAGACUUUGUCGACGCCGACCCGGCGUGGCACGUCCGCGACUGGGGCACCUUCUUCGGGCGUCCCCACAUCCACCCCGUCUCCGGCCAUCCGAAGGGCAUCCCCGAGUUCCACCUCGUCUACCGCGCCCCCAAGGCCGGCGAGGACACGUACUACGACGCGUUCACGACGACGCUCAACGGCGUGCGCUGGCACUCGGACGUGACGUACGAGCUGCAGCCGCCCGGCCUGACCGCGCUGUUUCUGUACGACUCGCCCCCCUCCGGCGGCGACACGGGGUACGCGGACCAGCGCGAGGCAUACAACCGCCUCUCGCCCAGCUUUGCGGCAUACCUCGAAACGCUGCAGGUGCUGCACUCGGGCGUGGCGCAGGCCGAAGUCGCGAAGAAGCACAACGCGCCGCCGCGCCGCGAGCCCGUCGAGAACGUGCACCCCCUCGUGCGCCGCCAUCCCGUGACGGGCGAGAAGGCGCUGUUCGUGAACCGCCAGUUCUCGCGCCACAUCGUCGGCCUCAAGCAGGAGGAGAGCGACGCCAUCCUCAACCUCCUCUACGACCAUAUUGAGAAGGGCUCCGAUUUCCAGGUCCGCCUCAGGUGGGAGCCGCGCUCCGUCGUGCUCUGGGACAACCGCAUCACGGCGCAUAAUGCCAACGUCGACUUUGACAACCUCGGCUUCCGCCGCCACGGAGCGCGUAUUACGCCGCAGGCUGAGCGCCCGUUCCUCUAGCCUUCGAAGGUUGAGGCUAAGCCGGGUGAUAGAGCAAGAUCACAAGUUGUAGUAUAGCGUGAACAAGAUGUGCAGUGCGCAGGGGAUGGCGGGUUGGUCGAUCGUGUAACUCGUGCAAGCUUGUCUUCGGGUGGUCAGUGUAGAGGUUGAAGGACUAUGCUGAAUGAUCGCGUAUGUGAGAGAACUGAUGUGUUGAUGACGAGCUGAU